AUGAUUUCACCGCGAUUGUUCGCGAUAUUCGCGCUGUGCGCUACGGCAACUGCUUUCCCAUCCAGCGACAAGCCGACGCACCCAGCUAUACCUGAGGAAUUCGAAGACAGUGCGCCAUGGUUUACAUUCCCCAAAUUCCCGUUCAUGAACUUCUUUUCGCCGAUAUGGGACCUCUUCCCGAACAUUGCGGACUUCGGCCCUAAGAUCGAAGUUGAUGACAAAAACUUCAAGAUUAUCGUGAACGUCGACAGCUAUAAACCUGAAGAUCUUAAAGUUGAAGUGAAAAACGACUUCAUCAUCAUCCAAGGCACCCAUGAAGUGAAGAAGGAUGACCAUGACCUGCUCGCUCGCCAUUUCUUGUACACAUACUCCCUACCCGUGAACUCAAGUGCCCAAGACAUCACCGCAAAAUUGUAUACUGAUUCAGUACUGGAAGUUUUGGUUCAAUUGAACGGGCCGAGCGAAGAAAAGGUUGAAAAACUCAUAGUGCCAAUUACGGAAACCAAUGUGGCGUACAAUACUGAGAAAACUGGGGUAACAACUGCUGUAGAUGAUAAAAAAGAUGUUACCGAAGCCGACCGUGAACCGACAACAGCGAGCCCGACCUCAAAUGAAUUGGAUAAUAGUGCUGCCAAUGAAGUGCAGCCCUAA